AUAGCCAGACCUAUCUCCACACUUCGUGCCAGCGCUGGAGAAAGGUCUGAUUCAAGCCGUUGUCAUUCCAGUAUAGGGGAAAACACGCUAUGGAUUGUUUGUAUUUCUUUAAUCCAAUCACAAUCGUCUUGGGCGCUGCUAAGACCAGGAUGCAUCGACGGAGCCCGUGAAAACGGUAACACGCAGAUAGCGGAAGGGGAGGAGAAUUCCGACUGAAAUAGUUGGCCAAUGGCGGGUUUAUACCCGCAGACUGGGUCCUGUGAGUCAGACUAGUAAACAAGUAAAUAAAUAAAAAUUUAAAAAGUCGAAAGUGAGAGUUUCAAACGUCCUUUAAAAGACGGAGGACAAAGAGGAUGCAGUAAAAAAGAAUUAAAUUCGUUAAAAGAACUGAAGACUGUGCUGCAUGAAAAUCCCAGGAGGGCAGCUGUUUCUGUGAUGCUGAAACCACUACGUCUGACACCAUCCAUCUGGCACCGACAGUCAUGCCACAGUCAAAGUCGCUUAGAUCACACAUCUUGUCCCUUACAAUAUUUGCUCAAACAAAAAGCUGAACAUCUUCACUAUGUCUGCAUACUUUAUAUAUUGAGUUGCAGUCACAUGAUUUGCUGUUUGGUGGAGUAGGGUAUUUGCAUUAACAAGCAGGUAUACCUAAUAAAGUGGCCAGUAUAUUAUACACAGGAUAUGAGUUUGGUGUUGAUUUAGGGAGGUGUGUACAGAAACAAGCCACAUACCUGCUGUUAAAUACGGUGGGGGAUCUUUAAUGUUAUGGGGCUGUUCUGCUCCCACUGGUCCUGGGGCCCUUGUUAAGGACAAUAGCAUCAUGAACUCUACCCAGGUACCAGGACAUUUUAGCCAAAAAACCUGGUUGCCUCUGCCAGCAGACUGAAAGUGGCUAGUGGAUCUUCCAGCAAAACUGACCUCGAUCACACAUUAAUAUUCACAAAUAACUCAUUAAUUAAUCACUUAAGCCACAUUUUGCAAUGGCUACAGUCUCCAGACUUGAACUAUAUUGGAAACCUGCGGUUUUAAUUGAACAGGACAGGUCUGAAGCAGAGACCCAGAGGUAUUAAAGAACUGGAUAGAGGAAGGGUCUAAGAUCUCUCCCAAUGUGUUCUCCAGUCUUAUUGGACAUUAUAUAAAAAGACUCAGUGUCAUUAUCCUUGCAAGGGGAGGGUGAACAAACUACUGAUAAGAUAAGAAAAGAUAAAAUGACACUUUAUUAAUCCCCGGGGGGGGGAAAUUCGGGUGUUACAGCAGCAGAGACUUGGCUGGUUUGGGAUAGAACCCACAUGUGGUCUAAACUGGUCAGAUGUGUUCCAGUCUCCUGAGAUAGGGGGCGCUGUUUAUAAAAUGAGUCUCUCAGAGGAGCCAGACACCAAAGGAGGAACCCUCAGCACUGAGAGGAAGAGGGUCCAGGUAGAAAGAGCGGGGUCACCUGUACCCAGCUGUCUGUCUAUGAAGAGUGAUCGUUCAAUGGAUCAUCCAAUCACAUUCAGGGGAGAGUUCGCAGGUGAUCAAAGGGUCCAGGUAGAAAGAGCAGGGUCACCUGUACCCAGCUGUCUGUCUAUGAAGAGUGAUAGUUCAAUGGAUCAUCCAAUCACAUUCAGGGGAGAGUUUGCAGGUGAUCAAAGGGUGCAGGUAGAAAGAGCAGGGUCACCUGUACCCAGCUGUCUGUCUAUGAAGAGUGAUAGUUCAAUGGAUCAUCCAAUCACAUUCAGGGGAGAGUUUGCAGGUGAUCAAAGGGUCCAGGUAGAAAGAGCGGGGUCACCUGUACCCAGCUGUCUGUCUAUGAAGAGUGAUAGUUCAAUGAAUCAUCCAAUCACAUUCAGGGGAGAGUUCGCAGGUGAUCAAAGGGUCCAGCUAGAAAGAGCAGGGUCACCUGUACCCAGCUGUCUGUCUAUGAAGAGUGAUCAUUCAAUGGGUCUUCCAAUCACAUUCAGAGGAGAGGUCACAGGUGACCAAAGGGUCCAGGUAGAAAGAGCGGGGUCACCUGUACCCAGCUGUCUGUCUAUGAAGAGUGAUAGUUCAAUGAAUCAUCCAAUCACAUUCAGGGGAGAGUUCGCAGGUGAUCAAAGGGUCCAGCUAGAAAGAGCAGGGUCACCUGUACCCAGCUCUCUGUCUAUGAAGAGUGAUCAUUCAAUGGGUCUUCCAAUCACAUUCAGAGGAGAGGUCACAGGUGACCAAAGGGUCCAGGUAGAAAGAGCAGGGUCACCUGUACCCAGCUGUCUGUCUAUGAAGAGUGAUCGUUCAAUGGAUCAUCCAAUCACAUUCAGGGGAGAGUUCGCAGGUGAUCAAAGGGUCCAGGUAGAAAGAGCAGGGUCACCUGUACCCAGCUGUCUGUCUAUGAUGAGUGAUCGUUCAAUGGAUCAUCCAAUCACAUUCAGGGGAGAGUUCGCAGGUGAUCAAAGGGUCCAGGUAGAAAGAGCAGGGUCACCUGUACCCAGCUGUCUGUCUUUGAAGAGUGAUCAUUCAAUGGCUCUUCCAAUCGCAUUCAGGGGAGAAGUCACAGGUGACCAAAGGUAAUUAAAGAGGUUCAAA